UGUCUGUAUGUGUCUAGGGGGGAGGCUGUUUUGGAGGGGAGAGAAUACAGAAAGGUGGGAAGUGGCAGGCCCACACUUGACAGACCCACACUCGCCGCUGCCACCACCGUAGUAGGGCCAAAGCAAAAGAAACGUGGUACCCGACAGAGGAGAAGGGCUGCUGCUGCCUGGGCCCUUUCCCUUCUCUUCCCUUCCCUUCCCGAUGCAGCCGCACACUCCUGGCCAGGCCUGGUUCAUCCCUCCUGCUCUUUCUUUCUCUCGCCAGCCUCCUCCUGGCGGCUGCUGCUGCUCUGGGUUCCCAUGGCAACCGUGCCAGGCUUGUGUUGUCCUCUGCUCCGCUGCAGCUCCAGGGAAGUCGGGCUUGUUGCUGCUGCUGCUGCUGCUGGGCUGACUGAGGCCUGAGCCCGAGAGCCAGCCAUGGCCUCCCCAUCUUGGCCCGAGGCUUCUUCGGGGAGCCUGCUGCCAAUGCCCUCCUUCACCGAACGCCAAAGGAGCCUCUCCUCAUCUUCCAGGCUGGAGCGGCCUUCAGAGGGUGAACUCAGUGCUGGCAGCAGCAAGAACCUUGGGCUGCUGAGUUGUUCCAGGCUGGAGCGGCCCUCAGAAGAUGAACUCAGUACCGGCAGCAGCAGGAACCUCGGGCUGCUGAGGGGUUCCAGGCUGGAGCGGCCCUCGGAGGGUGAACUCAGUGGCAGUAACCUCGCCCAGGAUAAUCAUUUGAAAUCUGUGGACCUUGAUCAUGUUAUCACACUACUUGAAGGAACAGAAUCAGAUAAGUCAGAAGAACAGCUUCAAGCUCUAAAGAAGCUUAUAAAACACUAUGAAUCUGGAAUUCCUCUUAAGGAUUUGACACAAAUCUCUAACAUCUUAAACCUAUGUGCGGAAAAAAGUCAGCUCCACCACAUUUUUAUAGAACCUACAUGCGAAAUUCUUAAGUUAUAUGGCUGCUUGAAGGGUCGAUUGCAGUUCACAUCCAUGACCUGCUACUGGCUCACCAUCCCCACUGAGAUGAUUACAAGAUUACCAUUUUAUAAAAAGAAUUCAUCUGAUGAAGGAAACUAUGCCAAAGAAGUUCAAGAAUCAAUUGCACAAUUGGGUUACUUGAUGAGGGUGCCAUAUUCUCAAGUAAGGAUACAAAUCUGUAAGUCUGUUAUUAGCUUUUACCACGCUGAGCCACCGAAGAAGGAGUUUGAAGUUUACCAACCUAUAAGUAUAAACUAUAAAAGGAAGAUGGUGGAAUUAGCAGGUUUAGCUGAAACAUUACUCAUGUCGCUGACAUUAGUUGAAAAUCAACUUCCUGAGAAAUUAUGGAUAAUUAAAACUUUGCAGCACCUUUCUAUUUCUGAGGAAAACUGCAAGUUGAUGAUGAAAGCUCAGGCACCAACAAGAUUAUGUUCUCAUCUGAAUGAUGUUGACCCCUCUGGGCAGUUCCUGUUCCGUUCCUCUGAAAUCCUCUGGAAUUUGUUAGAAAAAAGCUCCAACGAAGAAAUUAUUAAUCAGCUUAGUAAUCUGGCAUGUGUAAAUGCUCUGAAGGAAGUAUUUUUGAACCUGUUUUUGCAUGGUUCCAGCCAUUACGAUCGUCAGCUAAGAAAUGACAUUUUAGUAAUAUCCACACUCAUAGCUCAAAACCCAGGAGCACCAAUGAUUGAAACUGGAUUUGCCAAGCAGCUAAUACUUUUUGCCACUUUUUUUGAAGUGAAAAGUCAUAAUCCUUUGGUAAAAGGCUUCAAGCUUACUUACUGCUAUGAAGAUUUUGAAUUGAAAAAGUUGCUGUUUAACAUGCUUACUGUAUUCUCAAAAGACGUAUCUACUGUGCAGCUGCUGCAUGAGGGUAAAGUUAUGCUGGCUUUGUUUCAUUAUGUAAAACCAAACGAAAAGCCAGGAGUGCUUGACUGGUCUGCUGCCCAAUAUGAAGAAUUACAGCUUCAUGCAAUUGCUACCUUGGCUAUAGUGGCUCCCUUGUUGGUAGAAGACUACAUGACGUGCCAAGGAAAUACUCGCCUUCUCAUGUUUCUAGAAUGGUGUGCAGGCAAUGUGACGAGUCACACCUUGGCUAAAUGCCAAGACAGGCCGCAAUGGGGUGGCCUAGUUCAGGCGUGGUCAGGUGAGGAGCAGAAGCCAAAGGCAGGAGGCAUGGCCAAGCAUGGGCCAGGGUCAGAUCCCUUCUUUGGUCAAGGCAACAGUUUCCAUGGUACAGGUGGUCGUGGCAACAAACUUGCACAGAUGCGCUACUGCUUGAGAGUACUGAAUCCUGUUGUCUCCCUUGGUGAUGAUGCUGUGAAUCUUGAUCUUUGUGAUCAGGGAGCAAUUCAUCAACUGUUGGGUAUCUUGAAGAAUACAACUAACAAUUUCAAAGAAAAAGAAGAUGCCAUUGUGGUUGGAAUUCAGACUGAUAUCUUUCUUACUCUGUCAACUCUUUGUGAAAAUAAUGUUCAUAGGAAGGAAAUCUUUGGAUGGGAAGGAGUGGAUACACUUAUUCCAUUUAUGAAGAUGGAUGCAAAGAAAUUCUAUAGUGGACUGGGCCAUAACCGUCUCCUUUUUAGUGCUCUGGACUGUUUAUGGUGCUGUGUGAUGGGCUGUACCAUUUUAGAGGAUUACUUUCUUGAAAGAGAGGGCCUCUUCACCCUCCUGGAUUUGCUAGUGUUAAAUGAAGCGAAUGUAUGCAAUCUGAUUCUUGGAAUAUUAGUCGAGUUUUGUGACAACCCUAAAACUGUUUCUCAUAUCAAUGUCUGGCGAGGGGAAAAAGACCAAACUGCAGCUAAUCUAUUAAUAAAUUUGUGGAGGCAAGAAGAGGAGGAGAUGGGAGUGAAACAUGAUAAACUCGGGAGAAUUGCUGAUAUUAAAAGACCAUUAGUUGGCCACUUCCAAAAACAACAAGAAAUUAUUCGAAUGCCUGCCACUUGUCCCACUGUUGCUGUCAUGGAUGUUGCUGAAAAUAUGAGAGCAAAGAUUUAUUGUUUAAUAUGUAAACUAGGUUUUGAAAAUUUGCCUGGUCUCUCUGCGAAAGAUUUUGUUACACUUGCUAUAAUAUGUAGAUACCUGGACUUUAAGGUUGGUGAAAUCUGGAGUGAAGUUUGUGCUGAGCUUAAAAGAGAACAGUUCAGACCAGUUACUGCUGAUCAGGAAGCAUUGCAAGUUAUUACUGAAGCAUUUCAAAAUGUUGGAAAGAUGGUUGUCUCCCUCCAGAAUGAAAUGCUGGAAAGCAAGCAAUACCAGGAACUUCGGGAGGAAGAAAAAGGCUAUGCCAAGAUUCAAUCUCUCUAUAAGCAGAAGGAAAUGGUAAAUAAAUCUUGGGAAAAUUUCCUGACCCGGACAUCAAAUUAUGAGGCUCUAAAGAAAGCAAAAAGACGUCAAGAAAGAUCCAUUGAUGCGUCUAGACCAAAGGAAAGACAACGUAAUGCAACAUUCCAUCCAACUGAUAUUAAAGGCCUGAACAUAACUGUUGCAUCUGGUCGCCUAGUAACCGUGGAAAGUACACCUGCUGAACUGACCGGAGGGCCACUGAUGGACACAGAGCUUGCACUCAAAAGACUCCCUAUUCGUGGAGGAGCCUUAAAAGGGGUCAAAGGAGUUAAAAUAAUGGAUUCGUUUAAAAAAGAUUCAGUAUCUGUACAAUAAACAUAGUCCAGUAGUGCUCCAGACAGCACACUCUCUAAAUAUAUUUUAGUGAAUUUUUGUACAUAUUUUGAGCACCUAAAUACUGUUUGUCACACUGGUGAAGUGUAUCAUUACUUUAUAGAUUAAAAAUAUUUUUGCUUUAGAAAUAAUGUAGACAUCAUGAUGCUAAUGAAUAAAUUCAGUGCACUGCAAA